AUGGCUUUCGGAGGCUCAACCCCUGCUGGGGGUGCCGCUCCAGUGGAAGCAGGUCCUGAUCUCCCGGAUGUCUACACUGAGGAAGUCGGCUUCAAAGGCCUCUCCGGAGAUUGCAACAUUCGACUACUCCCGACCCCCUGGCCCGAAGAUGCCCUUCCGGCGCCAACUUCCACCCUUCUCGCCGUCGCAUCCACAAAAGGUGUAGUGGUUGGUGCAGGACCCGACUGUCUAAGUGUUGCCUCGUCCGAUGCAGUGAGAAAAGCAAUAUCCGCGCCUACCGACAGCAAAGUCAAAACAAAACCCUUCCAACCUCAAGCAACGAUCCCCCUACCUGCACGACCAACCCACGUAGCUUUCGCAUCGGGCGACAGCGCGUUAGUUGUGACUACGGAGGCUGGGUCGCAGCUGCUUGUUUAUGAGACGGACAGUCUGUUGUCGGGAAAUGGGCAACCAGCUCUGUCCCUACCGGUCAGCGGCGCUCCCUUCCGCGCUGUCGCGCCAAACCCUGCGACUCUAGAUGUCGACAAGUCGUCGCUUGUGGCCCUGGUUACCGGCGGUGGUGAGCUUCUCAUCGCGAACCUCAAAACGGGCCAACUCCUCUCGGGAGCGAAUGGCCAAAUCAUGAAAUCCGGAGUGAGCUCGGUUUGCUGGAGUAACAAGGGGAAACAACUCGUCGCUGGACUUGCGGACGGAACGGCGCAUCUGAUCAAACCAACUGGUGAACAAACGGCUACUAUUCCGCGUCCCCAAGAUCUCGAGGGAGAGUGUCAUGUGUCUUCUAUUUCAUGGCUGGAGGACGAUAUCUUUUUAAUGGUUUACACGCCGAACACCGUAGAGGAUGAGAUAGGCCAAACCCCACCCUCUUCAUACUAUCUUAUCACAAGAAGAAAACAAGCACCCUUCUUGAUCCAGAAGCUCCCCGAUUUGUGUCUGCCAUUUGGGUACAAGCGGGUCCCGGCCUAUCAGUUUGUUGCGCGACUUCGGAACUACGCUCCCGAUCUCAGGGACGUUUUGAUUCUUUCUUCUACUGCAUCAACUGAUGUUGGGUUGAUCACGAGGUCUUCUAAACCGCUUGCCAAUGAUGAAGAUGCUAAGAAGACUACGGAUGUGUUUACCACCACAGAAGUCAGCGAUGAUACUAAACGGGCAUCGCUACCAUUAACAGACUCGAGUGUUGAGACGUCAGUUAUCGGCCUGGGCAUCGAUCUUUCCAGCACGGAAAAUGUUAUCGCUCCAAUUCCAGGAGAAGACAUCACGGAGAGCUCGACCCCCCUACCAGCCCUCUUCCUCCUCAAUAACGAAGGUAUUCUCGCUUCUUGGUGGUUCAUCUAUUCUGAGGCUGUUCGUAAGCAGCUGCCUUAUCAUGGCCAAGGAACCGGAAACCAGACCCAAAUCCAGCCUCAGUCUCAGCCUCAGCCCAAGUCCCAGCCCAUGCAAGCCGAGGCUCCAAAACGGCCUGCAUUCGGACAGUCAGGAUUUGGGCAACCAGCAUUUGGACAGUCAGGAUUCGGCAGUCCAUCUGGCCCCGCGUUUGGAAAGUCUUCUGCAACACCAUCCUUUGGCAGCCCUUCAGCAAUGGGUGGACGCUCUCAACCUUCAUUCGGCGCACCCUCGCUCCCAGGUGCUUCAUCAUUCGGCGCCCCUUCACAAAUGGGUUCUUCUUUUGGCGCCCCUAUUGCGUUGGGACAACGCGGCCCAGCUCAGUUCGGCCAAUCGAGCUUCGGCUCGUCGAGUACGCCGGCACCUUUCGGACAAUCGUCUACCGCGGGAAACGGAGGCAGCUCUCUCCCCUUCGCCUCGUCGGGUAUCCCUGCCGGAGGCGGCUUUAGCUCGUUCGCUAACUCGGGGUCGAGUGGUUUCGGUGCAGUUGCGGCUUCUAAACCUGCUGCAGAAUCGCCCUUUGGCAAGAUUUCGGGCGAGUCGCCUUUUGCCAAAGCGUCAGGCGAGUCGCCAUUUGCUAAGACGUCGGGCGAAUCACCGUUUGCUAAGGCGUCGGGCGAACCGCUUUUUGGCAAACCCGCGACCGCAAACCCGUUCGGAAAACCCUCAGCACCGUCGCCAUUUGGUCAAACAAGCACAACUAGUACGAGCUUCAGCUCACAGAAAACCGAGGAGUCUAAAGGCACCUUCGGCCUUGGCUCUAGUGGUUUCGUGCUUGAGUCUACUAUGAAGGGCGAUGGAAGUGCUGCCAACGAUGGUCCAAAGCCGGACAAGCCAUCGGGAGGAUUGUUCUCGUUGGGGGCCUCCAUGGAUGAUAUGGUCUCUUCACCUAAUAAACCUAGCACACCCGCGGAGUCUAUGGACGAUGCGGAGGAUGCCCCAGCAGCUCCCGCAGAAGAGAAGAAGCCUGAACCCAAGCAAGCGACACCGUCGUUAUUUGGUGGGCCUUCGCUUGGAUCCCAGCCUCAGCCAUCUCAACCAUCUCAACCAUUUGGAGCUCCUCAGACGAACAAAUCACCAUUCUCUCUGUUCGGAAACACUGAGAAGAAACCCACUCCUCUUUCGCCGCAAUCAGAGCAGACGGUGACGCCUUCAAAAUCCAAAGAGGAUUCGGACGCAAAGAGUUCACCUCCUUCCUCAAUGGCCGAGCCUCCGCUACCUCCGGACCCAACCAGCAAGGCCGUAUAUGGCCCUGGAGACACUUCAGCUUCGUCCAAUGUCUCCAAAAGCUCAGUUGAAGAUGCACCUCUGCCCCCUGACUUUACCAUUCCUCCCAAGAGCAAGCCAUCUCUCUUUGGAGGAGAACCCCCUCUGCCCCCUGAUUUCACGCAGAAGCUUAAAGAAUCCGAGAAAGCGGAAGAGGCACCUUUGCCCCCUGACCCAGCGACCUCGAAAUCUUGUGCGACUCCAACAAAGGACGAACCCGGCCCAGUUCCUAGCGGUUCGGAUGCGGGAGAAUCGGAGGAGGGAGACUCCGACUUUGAUGAUAGCGGAGAGGAGAUAACGCACGAGGAUAACGACGAGGAUGAGCAUGAGGGUGAUGACGAGGAUGAGGGCGAGGAAGAGACGCCCACUACCCAAGAAUUCAAGCAAGACCUCAAGAAAACCCCAGAAAGCUCCUUUGAGUCUCAGUUCUCGACAACGAGCUCCACUGAAGGAUUGUUUUCGCGCCUCUCCAAACCCAGCCAGAAACCCCAGUCUCAACAGCAGCAACCCCCGCGCUCCUUAUUUGGAGCCACUACUCAACCAUUACUACCUGCACCUCGUUCGCAUCAUGACUCUCCAAGAUCGCCUAGCCCGGUACGGAACGGGGCCAGGAAAUCCUCUGAGCAAGCUCCUGGCAGUGCGUUAGCAGCUCGCAAGGCUGAGCUCGCUCGACAUGCUGCGGAGGAGAAGCUGAAGCUGCAGGAGAAGGAAGAGAAGGAGCGAAAGGCUCGUGAAAAGAAGAUGCAACAAGAGCAAGAUGAAGCUGAGGCACUAUCAGAAGACGACGAGGAGGAGAAACUCCGUGCCGAUCUGGCUUCGGCUUUAGAACCCGUUCCUACUCUGGACCCUUUCCUUCCCCACCAGGACUACACAGGCCAGCCCAGCAGACCCGGGAUUCCUGGCCAGAUCGAGAGACUCUAUCACGAUAUCAAUUCCAUGGUGGAUACUCUGGGAAUCAACGCACGGUCCUUGUCUUGCUACCUUUUGUAUCAAAAGUCCUCAGCGAAUUCAGACUGGAUCGAAAAGCUGCAGGGAGAAUAUCCUUCUGAAUCUCUCGACGAGAAACUACGUCUCUCGGAAAUCGAAAGGUUUGACGAUGCUGUGCAUCAGCUCUCGGCACAGCUCGAAAAGCAACGACUUCAAGGUGUAGACCAGAAGCUGGAGGCUUGUCAUGCAUUGCUCAGCAAGGAUAUUAUUACUCUACGUGGGCAAUGUGCAAGCAUCCAGAAGACCCUGGACGCUCAUACCGAUGCCGCAGCAAUCGUCUCUGCUCCACUUUCCGCCGAACAACUGGCUCUCCAGCAAGAUCUUCGGAAGACUUCCACUGAUAUUCAGGCCAAGCUUGCCGACUUGGAGUCUGCAGUGUCUCUGUUGCGAGCCAGAAUCGCCGAUGCUCCUCGCGAUGGUGCCUCGCGCCCAUCUAAACGACCCACCGUGGAGGCGGUAACUUCGACCAUCUCAACCAUGAUGAACAUGGCCGAAAGCAAGCGCAGUGACAUCGAUGUUCUUGAAGCUCAGCUAAAGAGAAUGGGCUUUGAUACUGCCGCGUCGCCGUCCAGCCGGGAAGGUUCGCCUUUUACCACCCCAAGGAAGGGCAAAGCCAUUCUCCCUGCCACCCCCGGCUCUAUUGUAUCUCGCGAUGGGCCUGUCAGCUCCUAUCACACCCCUGAAUCUGCCGGACGAGCUAUCAACUUCCGUUCCAGCAUCAACGGCUCGGCCCGUGCCAGUCGUCUCCGAAAUGUCAACGGCGCCAACGACCUCGUGAGCAAAGAGGAACUCGACCAAUGGAAGGCCAAACGAGACCGUCGGAAUCAGAUGGUCAAUAACCUAAAGAAAGCCAUUCAAGCCAAAAACGUCGAGUUGAAGGUUCGAACCGCGGAUGAUUUGUAG